CAAUUCGCCCACAACGCUCACAGCACCGCACACACAGAAAACCACCAGCAGCGCCUCGGUUUUACGGCUCUGCCCCUCCCUCGCCCCGCGCGCUCGAAGAAGCCAUGAAGCUGGAGGUGAUGCCCAAGCAGAGGGUCCUGGAGGCGGAGCAGAGGGAGGAGGCCAUGGAGAUGAGCGGCCUGGAGCUGUGGAAGCACGAGAAGCCCCCCAGGAUUUGCCCCAUGCCGUCGCUGAUCCCGCCGCCGGCGGCGUGCGAUUGCGACGAGGCGGCGCUCGUGCCGCCGCUCAACUUCGCCAUGGUCGACGACGGCAUCUUCCGCUCCGGCUUCCCGGAGACCUCCAACUUCCGGUUCCUCAAGUCGCUCAACCUCCGCUCCAUCGUGUACCUGUGCCCGGAGCCGUACCCGGAGACGAACACGGAGUUCCUCGAGGAGAACGGGAUCAAGCUCCACCAGUUCGGAAUCGAGGGGCGCAAGGAACCAUUCGUCGAAAUCCCCGAUGACAAAAUUCGGGAGGCGCUGAAAGUUGUCCUAGACCCAAGAAACCAACCCCUGCUUAUUCACUGCAAGAGAGGCAAGCACCGAACUGGCUGCGUGGUCGGGUGCUUGAGGAAGCUGCAGAAGUGGUGCUUGUCUUCCGUCUUCGACGAGUACCACCGCUUCGCCGCUGCGAAAGCGAGGAUCACUGACCAGAGAUUCAUGGAGCUGUUCGACGUCUCAACCUUGAAGCACCUGACACCCUCGAACUGUUAACCAAGGCGCGCGAUCGCUGGGUCGCCCUUGAUCCCCCACCCCAAGUCUAGUACAUCUCCCAGCCUAUGUUCCUGCAGCUACUGAACCGACCGAUUCAGCAGUGAAUAAUUUUGGAACCCCGUGGAGUCGGUGAGGUAGUGAUGAGAUCAUUGCAAAAUGUUUGUGCUCGAGAGGUUUAGUUUUCCCCUGCUUAGCGCACUGGAGCAUAGUGGUAGCGUCGCGAGAGGUUCUCUCUCUUUUUUGGUAACUCCCGCGAUCGCGAGGAAUUCGCCACUGUUUUCCGGGUACUGAAGCAUGUGUACUCGGGCAGCUUUGUUGAGCGGGAAUGAACUAAUCUCUGAAUGCCAAGGGCUUGGCACUUCAUGCAUGGGUGGUGUGGCGUCAGUGAUCCUUGCAUGUUAACAAGAAGUAUUCAACAUGGUAUUGCUUGUUGGAAUUA